AUGGCCCCUAUUACUCUCCUUUCACUACUCACGUGGGCUACUCUCAUUUACGCCAUGCCUUUCCGUAUCCGGGCGGUUGACGCAUUGAACGAGGAAGCCACAGCAGAAGCCCAGCAGCGCGAUGCUGGUGCAACUCGAGCCUUUUCCAACGUUCAGAUCAAGACUUCCGAUGGCAAAUGCCUUUUUGUCGAUAAACUGUCAGGAGACUUCCGUGCCAACCUCACGCCUAUCCAGGUCGCCGAUUGUGGAUCGACCGACGGGCAGGGUUGGGAUAUUAUUACGGCGGGUAAACACAUCAAUGCCGACAAUGCUAUGCUCAUAGUUAGCACCUUGACACAAGCGUGCUUCAAUUUUGAUCCCCGCCGGGCUGCCGGGAAUCAGGUCCUUCUAUUUUCAUGUGGUGGGCGUGCUGAUGGAGGGGGCGAGGUUGCUGAUUCGCAGCUGUUCGCUUUCAAGGGUGGUGCUGGCCCGCUUUCGCUCGAGCCGCAGAACCAAGCCGGGUCUUGCCUCGUUGUGAAGGGGAACGCCAUCGACAUCGCCAACUGUGGCGGCGGUGGCGCCGGCCAAUCUUUCAAAUUUGGAGAUGCCGCUGGGGGUCAAGUUAACACUCCCGGAGGUGAAUCGUCGACUACUUGCACCAAGACUACUCGAACAGUAACCGCCGCGCCCUCCCCAAGUGGUGACGGCACAGCAGCACAGACGGCGUCUGCAACGCAAGCAGCGACUACCGGCGCAGCUGGCGGCGGGAAUGGAAGUGGAAGCGGAAGCGGAAACGGGAACGGAAACAAUAACAACGCCAACAUCCCAACCGCUAACCCCACGGAUCCCGUACCUGUGUCCCGAGCCGGCGGCACCCUCCAGCCUACCGCUGCCGCCGAAUCACACCAGCGUGACGAGACGGCCAAGCGUGCGUUUAGUAGCGUGUCGAUACGUGCUCCUAACGGACAGUGCCUGUUCAUUGAUCCCACGGCAGGCGACUUCCGCGAGAACUUGAUCCCGGUAUCGCUAGUUGACUGCACAGGGGCGCCAAAUGAGAAGUGGGAUGUCAUUACCGAGGGAAAACAUAAUGCCCCGAACCCGCAAAAGCCGGCGGCUUUGGUUGUAAGCGCUUUGACUCAAGGUUGUAUCAGCUUCGAUGGAAGACGACAACCGGGCGAUACGGUCACUUUGUUUUCAUGCGGCGGCCGUGCCGACGGUGACGGCAAAACCGACGGCAACCAGCUCUUCCCGUUUAUCGGCCAGACAAGCUUCGCGCUUGCGCCCAGCAACGAGAACAACAAGACUUGCAUUUUGCCUGGUAAUGGGAGGCUGGAUUCUGGGCCAUGCCCUAGUGAUGGGUCUCAGCUGUUCUCCAUUUUCGAGUGA